CCGUGGGUUUGAAGGGGCUGUUUCGUGGGAGCUCGGCGUGGAGCGCAUCGUCGGAAGUGUCGGUGGAAGGAGCACCGUGUACCAAGCGCGUCGUUGGAAGUGCCGGUGGCGGCCCGUGGGGCGCUCUGGUGGUGGCUGCCGCCCCCGUCCCUGGCGGAGCCCGUGUUUGUGCCGGGGCAGCGAAAGGCACUGCAGCACCCCCGAAUGAACAGCGGUUCCUUUGAUAGAAUUCCCCUUAAGAAGCAGAAACCGAAGGGCUCUGUUGCUGCCGUUGCUCGCUGCCCUCGGACUGCAUAUGUAUCCCCCGCUAGCCCCGCGGAGUCACACCAGAAGUGGCGGAUCUGGAACAUGAUUUGCGCUCGUUCUCCCGGGCAGGGGGAGAACUAUAUGGUCGGCUGUUAUGGAGCUGCAUCGUUUCCCUGAUGACUUGCUGUGUGUGGUGAUGUCUUUCAUUUCUGUCCAUCCAACACAGCCAAUUCCACAUUUUUUCAAGCAUUCUUGUCAUCUCUUCUGCUCUGUGGACUCAGAAACUGAUGUGUAAAGGCCUUAAACAGAAAGGAGCUUGAUCCUUGUGCUGCACAACCCCUGGGUACAAGCUCCCAACUCUGUACCCUGUAAUAAGUGGCUUAACUGCUCUGAUAUUUCCCCCAAAUUUGGAUGGAUUGAGAUCAAGUAUUUUAUUUUAAACCAGUGUCUCUCAAAUUAAUCAGGUACCUCCUGCUUACUCCUGUGCCCCUGUCUUUUUUCAAGAGAUGCACCAUAUUAGUCUUAAGAGCACUGUCAACCUUUUUAAUGUGUGGUUUACUUUUUUAGUGUGCAGCACACAUGUACACACCCCUUUCUCCUCACACAUUGAUCUUGGCUGCUGGGAAAACCCACUCAGUAUCCUGAAUGCCUUCAGUGUAGGACUUAGCAGUAGCACUGGAAUUGCUGUGCUUCCUUUAAUUUAAGAUACGGAUUUCAAUGAAAAAAAUAAAAGUCUUCUGUCACAUUUAAUUGACCAGUCUAUAGCCAAAAUCCAAGGCCUGAUCUAUGCAGUUUUUACUUAAAGACUACUCAUUCAAAGUGUAGCCUCACUCUGCUGGCAUUCCAUGGCUGGAGCAGCUCAGAGGAAUUUGUCUCAUCCUGGUAGGGAGUUCCAUGACGCAGCUGCUGCUCGUGGCCCAGCCUCUGACUGAAGACCUGGGCCAGAUGUGUUGCUUUAAUCUUCCUGAAACCUGGUUUACUCAGGUUUUGAACGUUAUCUGACAUAGCUGAAUCUGCUCAGAUUUUUCUAAACCAGACACUGUUCAGAUGCUUCUCAACAAGCAAGCCCGGCUCCCCCGAGAGCCGCCUAGCACACCGUACCUGCGGGCACCGGCGGGUCUGCACCACGGCCAGGGGCCGCGGCGCGCUCUGCGGGCAGCAGCCUGAGAGCACCCACCGCGGGCGGCUGGGCCAGCGGAACGCUGCGGUUGACCCUGGCGACGGGCGGGGAGACUUCCGCGGGGCCCGGCACGGCUUCCGGGAGAGGCGGGAGCAGUGGAUCCGGGUGCGGCGUUCGGUUGUGCUCCCUCCGCGCCUUCGGCCGCCGGCAUGGCCCGCAAGAAACUGCACCGGCCCAUCGCCGCCAUGGCCAAGAAGAUCCGCGAGUACCGGGAGCUGAAGGAUCGGCCACGGGACUCUCAGCGCUUCGCUGUGGACUACGAGACCAUGCGGCGGCCGCUAACGCAGAAACGGCUGCCCGUGCGAGCCUGGGAGGACGUGCGGAACGAGAACCGACUGUUUGCGCUGCUCUGCCGCCUGCCGCGCUUCGGCGUGGGCCGCACCGUCACCCGCAAGUCCUGGCUGUGGGCGCACCACGAGCCCUGCUACUGGGUCGUCACCAAGGUGAAGGCGGACUACAUGGCCGAGAACAUGGACCAUGGAAGAGCCUGGGGCUACCUGACCUUCAAAGGCAAAACUGAAGAGGAAGUGAGGGAGAUCGACAAAGCCAUGUACCAUGACUGGCGUAUGGUGCCCAAACACGAGGAGGAAGCCUUCAAGAAAUUCACCCCAGUGCCUGAGGCGACUGUUCGGUUCCUGCCAUACCCACCACUGCUCCGAGCCAUGAUCCUUGCACAGUGGCAGAAGGAGGGAAGACCAAUCAUGGAAGAGCCAAAUAUUGAUCUGGAGAAGGUCCUGGCCUCUCCUCAAGAGUGGGCAAAGAAAAAAGCUACUGGGACACUGUGCCUGGACAUCAUGACAGCCAAAUGGAGAGCCAUUACCUCAGGCACAGCAUCUGAUUCUCUGAACACUGCAGAAGGCAGUGUGAGCAAGAAGCGAGGAACAUGACUUCAAUACUAAGAUAAUCCAAAGCUAUCUCUCUUACUCCCAAAUAUGGCUGUCAAGAGAUAGGGGAAAUUAUUUUAGUUCUGUUGAUGCAAAGGAGGUGGUAUUGGCUCUUACCAUUUGAAGCCAAUUGUAAAUUACCCCUGUUCCAGGGCAGCAUGUUAUGAACAUUAAAAGAUGCAGCUCCUGA